AUGACGCCCAUAGGCGAGCGAGAAUGGCCAAUCCCGCCCGUGAAGCAGGUCCACGAUUCCCGCAUCACCCUGAUCAAACCCUACACCCAGCCGGCCUUGAGCCUCCUCCUAACCUGCCGCUUCAUAAAGCAAGAAGCCCACUCCAUCCUCAAACGCAAGGUACAGCACUACAAAUCCCAACCCCUCCGCUACCUCGUCGACUACAGUGCCACACACGCACUCAUCCACAAAAGAAGCCCGUUGCGCCGCUGUCUCGGCUUGCUAGCCAUCAACGGCAGACCCAGGCGGUUGAGCAAUCAUCUUCGCUCCUUCAUCGACCUCUGCGCUGUUUCUCUUUCGCAGGUGCGCCACACGCAAAACGCCAUCGAUGGACGCACGGGAUACUUCUCUCGCGGCAAGCGCGCCAUCGAGUUGACCAUCACGCACAAAGAUGGCGUCGUGUAUGGCGCAGAGGUCAUGGAAACGAUAUACUUGCUCAGCGCUUUCACAUACAUUGGCCCCGCGCGCUGUGUGAUCAUCUACAAGUCCCCACUCCCGGAAAUCGAUGCCGAGACGAUGAGCCGCACGCCAUUCAGCGAUGCAGCAGGCCUCGAGGCAGGCAUGCAGCGCGCAAUUCCGAGAGAAUUAGAUGGUGAGCAGGCGAAGUUUGCGAAGGGGGUUUUCAUACGUCCGCUUGGGGAAGAGGAUUUUCAGAAGCAUUUGGACGGAUUGGAUUUGUAUUAG